CAAAUUAUACAUCGCAAUUAGUUUUUAUUGCAAAUAUUUAAAAACAAAUAUUGUUACUAUAAGGACAUAUAAUGGAAUCAAUCUUAAUAUUCAUGUUGACAGUGCUUAUUUAUUUUUACUGUUUGAAUAUAACUGAAGCCAAAAAUAGAAACCCUGAUAUGCAAUCAGACUGCACUUCAUUUUAUGAAAAAAGAGAGCUCUACAUUGACUGUUCACGUAAAAACUUGCCAAAGAUUCCAGACUUAAUACCUAACAACACUGUAUACCUAAAUCUAUGCCACAAUUACAUCAGUGAAAUACCAAAUAAUAUAUUUCAACAUUUAACCAACCUUAUUUUGCUGGAUCUAUCUUUUAACGAAUUACAUUCUAUCAAUCAACAGACAUUUACUGGACUAAAGAACCUACGUCGACUUCAAAUGAACGAUAAUAAUCUGGGUUACAAUACAAGGCAAUUCCCACCAGGAAGCUUCGGGUCUCUUCAAUCCCUAACACAUCUUAGCAUUCAAAACAAUGAAGAUUAUGGUCAUCAAACUGAACCCUUUAUUCUUCCAGAUAAAACAAUUUCAGAUUUAACAAAGUUGGAAAAAUUAGAACUAGAUAUUGAUAUUUUCGAUACGAAAAAUAAAGAAAUUCUAGGAAAAGGAUAUUCCUUUUUACAGAAUUUGCAUUGGCUCAGUUUAGAAAAUUGCUAUAUUGUUUUGGAAAACAACACAUUCAAAUACACACAAAAUUUAACAAAAUUAUAUUUCACCAAUUGUUAUGAGGUGAUGCCCAAUUCUACUAACGCAUUUUCUAUAUUACAUCAACUUAAAGUUUUUCAUUUAAGUCAAAGGUAUUGCUUUUCCAAAGAGACUGAGCUAAAUAAUCUGAUAUUGGCAGUGUCACAGUCAACCAUUGAAAUUUUGAUAAUAAGUUAUACCUUUGUAGGGAAUACUACUUUCAAUUAUAAAGUAAUCAAUGAUGCACUAAUACUGCACAAGUCACCUAUUCGUGAAUUGACGCUUGCAAAUAACCCUGGAAUAGUUUUUCUAAAAGCAGAAAAUGUACCAGUGCCAACUAGUCUUCAGAAACUUGAUUUCAGCGGGAAUUCUUUCCGUCAGAUAUCUCUAAACUUAACAUAUGUUAAAUAUCUUAACUUAGAAAAAAAUAAUCUUGGAAAUUAUCUUGCAGAGAAUACCUAUAUGCUUACAAAGGACAGUAUACUUGAAUAUAUAAGUUUGUCAAGCAAUUCUAUUUAUAAACUAAAUUCAGCAAUAUUUAAUCAACAACCAUACCUCAAAUUUAUUGAUCUAAGUUUUAAUUUUUUGACUAAUGUCCAUUUUGAUUUUUCUUUUAUUAAACAAUUAAAGAUUUUAAAUCUUACAAACAAUUCAAUAACAUUUUUGGAUGAUUUAUCAAUGUUGAACAUAGACAACGCUUUUAUAAAAAGCAGCAAUGCAAAAAUUGACCUCAGCAACAACCUUUUUCAAUGUACUUGCAACAGACUACGAUUCUUAAAAUGGAUGCUGCGAAACCAAAAACAUUUGAUCAAUUUCCCUCAAUACAAGUGCAUUACUGUAAAUGGAAGCAAAGUAGUAUCGUAUUCAUUUGAAGAAAAGAUUAAUCAUCUACAUGCAGACUGCACAAGAUUUUUCAACAUGGUUACAAUCGGUAUCAUGUCAUUUGCUAUUAUUAGCUUUUUAGGAGUAUUACUUACAGUUAUUGUCUAUAGAAAGAGACAAAAACUUCGAUAUAUGUACUACAGAGCUAAAUUUAAAUUUACGUCAAAGUUGAACUUUAACAAAGAUUUGGGUGAAUAUCAUUAUGAUGCGUUUGUUUCAUAUUCAGACAAUGACCGAAACUUUGUUAUAAAUGACUGCAUUCAAAAUCUGGAAGAAGAUGGAAAUCUAAAACUGUGUCUACAUCAGCGAGAUUUCACCCCUGGCGAAGACAUUGCAGACAACAUUAUCAAUGCUAUACAAAACAGCCGAAAGACAAUCUGUGUCAUUUCCAAAGCUUUUUUAGAAUCUCAUUACUGCAUGUUUGAAUUUAACAUGGCACGAAUGGAAAGUAUUCAUUCAAGGGACGGUAAAAAUGUUCUCUUUCUUAUAUUCUAUGAGAAACUAUUGCCAGAAGAUAUACCUUUGGUAUUACAUGAAAUUAUGCAGACACAAACCUACAUCGAAUACCCAAAUGAUGAGUAUGGUAAUAAAAUUUUCUGGGGAAAAAUCAAAGAAGCGCUUCGUAUCUGAUUCAUUCCAGCAACAGACUGUGAUUCUUAUUAUUGUGAUUUAUUAUCAAAUUCAAGAGAGCAAAGGAUAAAUACAAGGAAACAAAAGUUACAAAAUAACAGAGAAAUCCAUCCACUUUUAUAAUAUGAGGAAAUAAACAAAAUCAUAAAACGAGCGACUUUAAAGGAAGUAAAAACAAAAAUUUAAUAACCAAAGACAUUUAUAUGUAUUUAGGAAAGAGGCAGAGAUUAAUUCUUUUUUUCUAGUUUGUGUAAUACAUUAUUUUUUUUCUAUUUGACAAACAUUUUAUUUUGUGUAAAAAAAUGUAAAUUCAGAAAUUAUUGUGAGAUUUUUAAUAAUGUGAAUAAUGCAAAUGGGUGAGUACCGCAAUAUAAAGAACUCACAUUCUGAUAUCGGACACAUAUAUCUGUUUGCAGAUUUUUCUGAAAUUGCAAUAAUUAAACUAACAUUUUUGUCCAGUUUUCCAACAAGCACAAUACUAAAUCCAUGCAAUAAUUUUUGAAUUUACAGUACAUUUUUCUAUUUGAUUAUAAUAUAUGCAUCAUGGUCAAUAUUCACAUUUUAAUUCAGGUAAACAAUACUAGAUACCAAUAACUUUCUGGACCAAAAACAUAAACCUGAAGCUGGAAAGACAGACAAACAGAUGGACAGACAAACAGACAAAAGAACUUACAAACAGUCCAAAAAACAUUGUGCCCCUAGGUGGGGAAUAAAAAAACAAGUGAAACAGUGUGUGUGUCUCAGAUACUUGACUGCUAACAGGCAGUUGUUAAGAGAUGAAUGUGAAAACUUGGAUGUCAUGUUUGAAAUGAUGUAAGUGUUCGGCAAACAGGAAAAUGAGUGAUGAAUCU